AUGGGUAUCAUAAUAGUGCCCACCUCACCCAGGCUUGUUAUGAGGACUAAAUCCGUUAAUAUUUGUAAAGCUCUUAUAACGAGCAAGACAGGUCACCAGCAGCUCUACUGGAGCCGUUUGAGGAAAUGUGGUCAGGGUUCUUGUUCUCACCAUGGCUGCUCAAACCAGCAUGGUCUGAUCCUGAAAUUUGGUCUCAAUAUAUGUUGCCAGUGUUUCUGUCAGUAUGCAAAGGAUAUAGGCUUCAUUAAGUUGGAUUAA